CGCGCGAUCCAGCUCCGUGUCUUUUGUUAAGCGCGUGCACCGGAGUCGCUGUCAAAGCUCGCUCGCUCGCUGAUCAAUCCAACAAUCUCCAUACCUGGAACGACAGGGUUGUACGGACGCAGAGACGUGCCAUAUCUAUUGCUUUUGCAAUAUCCCGAACCAACAGCUUUUAAUUGACCUUAAAUAUGUCUACCAUCGUCUACCGUCAAACAGAUCAGGUUAUAAUGCACGAUCAACAUAGAAAAGGUUUGAGUCUAUAGCCAACGGGACACCCGAGGACUUGAUUGCAGUCACUCUAAGCCUGAGAGUUUGAGUCACCUCUGACCCCCUGCUGUGCCCUCUGGUUGCCUGGCAUUGCCUUUUCCAUCCACUUCCAGUGAAGUAAAACUUAGGCGCUCCCAUUCCUGGUUCUUCUUCACUCGUGCCUUUUCACGGCUUUCCCAAGUAAAACCAUCUCUCCCAGACAAACGCCAUUCGGUAUUAGGCUUAAUUUCCAAAAUGAUUCCCAACGGAUAUUUGAUCUUUGAGGACGAAAGUUUCCUGGAUUCCACCGUGGCCAAAAUGAACGCCCUUAGAAAGAAUGGACAGUUCUGUGAUGUGAGACUUCAGGUGUGCGGCCAUGAAUUGAUGGCUCACCGGGCAGUGCUGGCUUGUUGCAGUCCGUACCUGUUUGAGAUCUUUAACAGCGACCUGGAACCUCAUGGAAUCUCCCAUGUGAAGUUUGAGGAUCUGGACCCUGAGGCUGUAGAGAUCCUUCUCAACUAUGCUUACACUGCCCAGUUGAAGGCAGAUAAAGAGCUGGUUAAGGAGGUUUACUCUGCAGCCAAACGGCUCAAAAUGGACAGAGUGAAGCAGAUCUGUGGCGACUACCUUCUCUCCAAGAUGGAUUCCCAGAGUGUCAUCUCCUAUCGCAACUUUGCCAGUUGUAUGGGAGACGGCCGUCUGCUGGGCAAGAUCGACAGCUAUAUCCAGGAGCACCUUCUAGACGUGUCUGAGCAAGAGGAUUUCCUCAAGCUUCCACGCCUUAAAUUGGAGGUGAUUCUGGAGGAUAACUUGACCUUGCCUAGUAACGGCAAGCUGUACUCCAAGGUCAUCGGCUGGGUGCAACGCAGCCUGUGGGAAAAUGGCGAACCCCUGGAGCGACUGAUGGAGGAGGUGCAAACGCUGUACUAUUCGGCCGAUCACAAGCUGCUCGAUGGGAGCCUGCUUGACGGGCAGGCUGAGGUGUUCGGCACUGAGGAUGACCACAUCCAGUUUGUGCAGAAGAAGCCCCUACGUGAGAACGUACACCGACAGCUGAGCACCAGCUCCUCUGGCAGCCUCUCCCCUGGAUCUGCAAAACUUUCCUGCAAGCAAGAGUGGAAAUACAUAGCUUCUGAGAAGACGACCAACAAUACAUACUUGUGUCUGGCUGUAUUGAACGGCAUGCUGUGCGUGAUAUUUUUGCAUGGGCGUAGCAGUCCCCAGGCCUCGCCCUCAUCCACACCUUGCCUAACCAAGAGUCUGAGUUUCGAGGGCCAGCCGCUGGAAGAGAAACCUGAAAAGCUGAUGGCGCCCAUGCGAUAUGCUCGCUCCGGCCUGGGCAUCGCUGCUUUGAGUGACCAACUCAUCGCUGCAGGAGGCUACAAUCGGGAGGAGUGCUUGAGGACUGUGGAAUGUUACGACAUGAAGACUGACAGCUGGACUUUCAUUGCUCCAAUGAGGACUCCACGUGCUCGGUUUCAGAUGGCCGUGCUCAUGGAUCAGCUUUACGUGAUGGGUGGGUCCAACGGCCAUUCUGAUGAACUGAGUUGUGGGGAGACGUACAACCCCAGUGCUGAUGAGUGGACUCAAGUGCCGGAGCUCAGGACCAAUCGUUGCAAUGCAGGUGUCUGUUCUCUGAACAACAAGCUGUAUGUUGUUGGGGGAUCAGAUCCUUGCGGACAGAAAGGUCUGAAGAACUGUGAUGUUUUUGACCCCGUGAGCAAGGCCUGGACCAGCUGUGCCCCUUUAAAUAUCAGGAGGCAUCAGGCUGCCGUGUGUGAGUUGGAUGGCUUCAUGUACGUGAUCGGAGGAGCUGAAUCAUGGAACUGUCUGAACAGUGUGGAACGCUACAACCCAGAAAAUAACACUUGGACCCUUAUUGCCCCAAUGAACAUAGCCCGGAGAGGAGCUGGAGUGGCUGUCUAUGAAGGUAAACUCUUCGUGGUAGGCGGCUUCGAUGGCUCUCACGCUCUGCGUUGUGUUGAAAUGUAUGACCCUUCCCGCAACGAAUGGAGGAUGCUAGGGAGCAUGAAUUCGCCACGCAGCAAUGCUGGUGCAGCUGUGCUCAAUGGUGUCAUCUAUGCCGUUGGUGGCUUCGAUGGAAACGACUUCCUUAACUCCGUUGAGGCCUACAACCCUAAAACAGACGAGUGGAGCCCCUGUGCCGAUGCCUUCACCAAUUCCUAAGAGCCAGGGGUCAGGGAACCAAAUAGGGACGGGGGGGUUAUCUCACUCAAACUAACAGGCUUAGUGAUGUAAUCGUGCUUUGUGAUGUCCUGUAUGUAUGCGGGAGGGUGGAUGGGUGGGUUUUUGAGGUGUGAGGGUGGUCUCGUUGGGUUCUUCACAGGAGCCACCCAUGAGGCGGAUUUUUCUUAGUGUUUGGGUGGGGGAGGUCUGUUGGGGGUUGCUGAAAGCAACAUUAAGCCUUUGCAUAUUGCAUACUUUAUUUUCUGUUGUAAAUAUUGUUGUUUGUUGUUUGUUUUUUUUUUAAGAAGAAUGCCAACAUUAAUUGCACACUGAGUGUACCUUUUUGAGUUGAGUAGUUUUGAAUUUCUCAAUAAUUUUUAGCGAGUUGAAGACAGGAUUGAUUGGUGGAACCCAUUAAGGAAGUUUUAUUUUAUUUUUUUGCUCCAUGCUUAUACAAAGCCUUAUUUUACAAAACAUUCAAACACAUGGCUUUCCUUUUUGUAUCAUUGGCCAUGACGUAGGAUUACUGUACCAAUCUUUAAAGAUUGCCUUUUUUAUAUUUUUGAUACACUGCAACGUAACCAAUAGAUUGAUGGAUGAGCUAGCAGGCAUAAAACACCCAUGAGGUUAUGAACUAACCAGUGCCAGUUUAGUUACACUCACAUGCGUAUAGUUAACCACGCUUCAGUGCUCUUGCUCAUUAGAUCUUUUGUUACUUUUUUUUGUUUGACUGAUUCAAACAAGUGAAACGAUGCUCAUAUGCUCAUUUCCUUCUUGAUAUCCUCUCUUUUAAAUAUUUUCUGUGUUUAGCAAUUGGAAGAAACAAAAGAGUUUUUUGGUUCCAUGGUUUUGUUUUUUUCCUUAAUUAUUUGGCAGAUAAAAUUCUACUACAUUUGUUAUGAGCUGAUAUUUCCGUACUAAUAAAACCAUUUCAGCCUGUGAAAAUA